UUCCAAAUUGGCGGCGGCUAUAUUGGUCUUACCUUCUACCUGCUUAUUCAACUAAAACAUUGAACAAUCUCAAGAAACAAGUCGAGGUCUUGUACUUCUGACACCACCCGUUUCUCCGGAUCCGUUACCUGGAUGUUUUUGCCGCCGAAUUUCGCCUAUUUAUCCUUUCUUUGACUGAUUGAGCUGGCUAUUUGCUCUUACUUCGGCUCUCUUGCUUCUUCGAUGGCGGAAGCCCGCAUCUCGGGGGUCACCCUGCCGUUAAAUUUAGAGCAAAUACUUCAAGAAGCGCAACAUCGAUGGUUACGCCCAAUAGAAAUAUGUGAAAUCCUACGUAACUACCAUAAGUUUUGCAUUGCGCCGGAGCCACCAAACAAGCCUCCUAGUGGUUCACUUUUCCUAUUUGAUCGGAAGGUAUUGAGAUACUUCCGGAAGGAUGGCCAUAAUUGGAGGAAGAAAAAGGAUGGAAAGACUGUGAAGGAAGCUCAUGAGAAGCUAAAAGCUGGAAGCGUAGACGUUUUGCAUUGCUAUUAUGCACACGGAGAAGAUGAUGAGAACUUUCAGAGACGAAGUUACUGGAUGUUGGAAGAGGAAUUGAUGCACAUUGUUCUCGUACACUACCGCGCAAUCAAGGGCAGCAAAGCAAAUUUUCUUCAGCCAAGAGAGGAUGGAGCAAUCGCACGCAUUGCCCAUGCAGAUAGUCCUGCACAUUCUACCUCCUCUGCAAAUCAAAGCCAGUCGCCUUCAUUAGCUACUGAUCUUGAAAGUCCUAACAGCACACAUCUAUCAGAAUUUGAAAAUGAUUCAGCAGAUAUUUUCCAACCAAGUUCCAGAUACAACUCUUUCCUUAAGAUGCAGCAGUAUGGACCUUGGAUGAAAGGUAAUCUUGCAAAUGCUUGUGAUCCAGCUCUGGAAAAAGAUGAUCCAUUUGUUCAGGCUGGCAUGGACAGGCUUGCAAAUGAAUCUGAUGGUGGAUUAAGAUUUACCGGAACCAAACCAAUGAAUAAUGAUAUGGCAUCAUGGCAUGAGAUCUUGGAACGAUGUUCUACAGGGUUGCAAUCAUCUACUUUUGACGUGAUUGUUGCUUCUACAUGUGCUAAUACCAUGGUGAACUUUCCUCGGCAAAAUCCUGUUGCAGACAUUUUGAAUGGUGGAUUCCUUGAUGCCAAAGAGGAUGUUACGACAGUAGUUGACAAGCCAAUGUUGCAGUUCGAUGAUGAGGUGGUGGACUCCCUUGUUCCAUUUAAUACCAGAGUUGAGAACAUCCAAACCUCAGAUGUAAAUCACAUGAAGAAUCAGUCAGACUUGUCUCUCAUAGAUUAUCAAGGUUUGAAGAAAUAUGAUAGCUUUUCUAGAUGGGCAAGCAAUGAACUUGGAGAAGUGGAUGACUCACAGAUUACCUUAAAUUCUGGAAUAUAUUGGAGCACACUUGAAAGUGAUAGUGUUAUUGCAGAAUCCAGUGUGCAAAAUCAAGAGCAUUUUGAUACAUAUCUUAUGAGCCCCUUAAUUUCUCAUGAUCAACUUUUCAGCAUUAUAGAUUUCUCUCCAAAUUGGACAUACGCGGAAAUGGAGACCAAGGUUCUGGUCAAGGGAAAAUUUUUUUUGAAUAAAGAGGAUGUGCAAAAAUACAGAUGGUCAUGUAUGUUUGGUGAAAUUGAAGUGCAAGCUGAUAUUUUGGCUGAUGGAACGCUUUGCUGCCAUACACCAUCUCAUAAGCCUGGAAGGGUUCCUUUCUAUGUGACCUGUUCCAACAGGUUAGCUUGCAGUGAAAUACGUGAGUUUGAAUAUAAAAUGAGUAAGAUGCAUGAACUUGGGAAUACUGAUUCUGAUGGUAGCGAUGCAUAUGAUAUUGAUCUUCUAUUCCGUCUUGAAAAGCUAUUAAUUUUGGAGGAUUUUGAUCACUCGAGUCCUGAUUGUAGUCAUACCCGUGAGAGGCCUCAUAUAAACUGCACAGUUUGCUCUAUGAUAAUGGAAGUUGAUGAUGAAUUGUUCAAUUUAUUCAAACACACCCCUGAUGAAGAUUUGUCCCAUAUCAAUGCAGAGAACCAGUUACUUGAAGAAUCAUUGAAAGAGAAACUGCAUGUGUGGCUUCUUCAUAAAGUAGGGGAGGAUGGCAAGGGUCCAAACGUCUUGGACAAGGAGGGGCAGGGUGUGCUUCAUUUAGCUGCUGCCCUUGGUUAUGAUUGGGCUAUUAAACCAAUAAUAGCUGCUGGUGUUGGUAUUAAUUUCAGAGAUUUGCAUGGUUGGACUGCCCUUCACUGGGCCGCAUUUUUUGGAAGAGAGAGGACUGUUGUUACACUGGUUGCAUUGGAUGCAUCUCCAGGAGCUUUAACUGAUCCAACUCCCGAGUUCCCUUCUGGAAGAACCCCUGCAGAUUUAGCAUCUCAAAAUGGGUACAAAGGGAUUGCUGGCUUUCUGGCAGAGUCCUCUCUGUUUAAACAUCUUCGAGAGCUCACUUUGAAGGACUCAGAAAGCUGUGAUUUAACUGAAUCUUCUGGUAUACUGGGAUACCAUCACGGUGCUGAUAAGGGUAGCUCACAUCAUGCCUUUGGGGGGACAGAAACUUCACUGAAAGAUUCUCUUAGCGCUGUUCGUAAUGCUACUGAAGCCGCAGCACGAAUAUAUCAGGUUUUCAGAAUGCAAUCAUUUCAUAGAAAGAAACUCACUGAUUACGUUGAUGAAAAUUGUGGAGUUUCAAAUGAGGAUGCUCUUUCACUCAUUUAUGUAAAGAGUAACAAGUCGGGACACCAUGUUAUGCCUGUUCAUACUGCUGCGAUUAAAAUUCAGAACAAAUUUCGAGGAUGGAAAGGGCGAAAAGAGUUUUUGAGUAUCCGACAGCACAUUGUCAAAAUCCAGGCUCAUGUACGCGGUCACCAAGUGAGGAAACAUUAUAGGAAGAUCCUCUGGUCGGUGGGAAUUGUUGAAAAAGUUAUAUUACGCUGGAGAAGAAAAGGAAGUGGCUUAAGAGGCUUUCGUUCUGAAGAGCCGCCUGAGGGCCCAAGUAAUGAAAACCAAGUCAUCAAAGAGGAUGAUUAUGAUUUCUUGCAAGAAGGAAGGAAACAGACUGAGGCUAGACUAGAGAAAGCACUUGCUAGGGUGAAGUCCAUGGUUCAGUAUCCUGAGGCCAUAGAUCAGUACAGGAGGCUUCUGAAUGUUGUGGAAGAACUGCAAGAAUCUGAUUUCAUACAAGCGGAAACUCCAAAUGAAAUAAUGGAACCUGUGGGGGUUGUUGAUCUCAUGUUGGAGCUUGAAGGGUUGCUGCAAGAUGAUCCUCAUAUGCCACCAAACUGGUGAUGGUUUGCUCUAUCUGUUACUUGUUUGUUGUAAAGGUUUGCUUCUCUAUGUUUUUUAAAGCUUUUACGUGUAAAUUAAUAAUCUGCUUUGUAGAUAUCAUGCACCUGCUGUGAGCAUGUAUUGUAGUUGUUUGCAUAGAUGGUGAUGAUUUAACAUUUAGAACUGAUUGAUUUAUAUAAAGAAGCGCAGUAGGUUCUUUUUUGUGACAAUAAUGCUAUCUCUGUUGUAAAA